GCCAUGGCGGCGAAGGCGGCGUGCGUCCUGCUGCUCCUCGGGCUCGCGGCGCGCGGGCCCGCAGGCGCCGCCAAGAUGAAGGUGGUGGAGGAGCCCAACACGUUCGGGGUGAACAACCUGUUCUUGCCCCAGACCAGCCGUCUCCAGCCCAAGAGGGAGCCGGCACCGGUGUCUGGGCCCGAGCAUCUCUUCAGACUCGCCGGCAAGUGCUUCAGCCUGGUGGAGUCCACGUACAAGUAUGAGCUCUGCCCGUUCCACAACGUGACGCAGCACGAGCAGACCUUCCGCUGGAACGCCUACAGCGGCAUUCUCGGCAUCUGGCAGGAGUGGGAAAUCACCAACAACACCUUCGCCAGCAUGUGGAUGAGGGACGGUGACUCCUGCCGCUCCCGGAGCCGGCAGAGCAAGGUGGAGCUUACCUGUGGAAAAAGCAACCGACUGGCCCACGUGUCCGAGCCCAGCACCUGCGUCUACUCGCUGACGUUCGAGACCCCCCUCGUCUGCCACCCCCACUCCUUGUUAGUGUACCCGGCGCUGCCGGAGGCCCUGCAGCAGCGGUGGGACCAGGUGGAGCAGGACUUGGCCGAUGAGCUGAUCACCCCCCAGGGCCAUGCGAAGCUGCUGAGGGCGCUUUUCGAGGAUGCUGGCUAUUUAAAGGCCCCAGGAGAAAACGAACCUGCACUGCAGGAGGGAGGUCCUGAGGGCCUGGGAUCUGAGACCCUGGAAAACUGCAGAAAGGGACACACACAGCUGUCAAAGGAGAUAAAAAGGCUUAGAAGUUUGCUCGCCCAGCAUGGCAUCCGCUACACAAAGCCCACAGGAACCUCCAGCUCCGAGCACUUGGCCCGCGACACACUCACAGACAGACCCCCCGAGCAGCUGCGAGGUGAUCCAGGACCGCGUGGGGACUUCCUGUGACCCAGAACCUCGGGGAGCCUGGGCAGGGGCAGAGAAGCCGCGGCCGCACCGCAGGCUCAAAAGGCCCAGGAGCAAGCGCACUGCAGCAGAGGCUCCUCUGGGGCCAGGCGGGGACACUCAGGGACCAGCCGGCCAGUUUCAGUUUGUUGCCCAGAGAUGCAGACAGAAUAAAGAUUCAAAGUUUUAAUUAAUUCCCAUACUGAUAAAAAUAAUUCCAAGACUUCUGUAAACCAUUGCAUAAAUGCUAUAGUGUAAAAAACUUAAGUGUUAACAGCUUUAAACAAUUCACUACAAGUAAAUGAUUAUGCAUUAUAAAUACUA